AAUGUUUGUUAGAGCUCUUCGUCUCAUAAACCCAAUGGGAUUCUAAUAUAGAACUUUUAGAUUCUGUUCAACAACUUAAAACAAGGAGUUAUUAGAAGAAGUCACUUCUAAAGUACUUCAAGUCAUGAAAUCUGCUGCAAAAUGCAAAGUUGACAAAUUAUCAGAUAAAGUAAAAAAGAUUUCAUAUGUAGGCUACAUUUGAAGAAUUAGGGUUUGACUCAUUAGAUGCAGUUGAAAUGGUUGUAGCUUUGGAAGAGAAUUUUGGAUUUGGUAAUAAUAUCAACAUAUGAAUUUAUUAGAUAUAGCAAAUGAAGAAGCUGAAAGAAUUAAGGGAGUGGGUGAGGCAAUUGCUGUUUUCUAUAAAUAUGUUGUGCAGAGGAACUAAACUUCAGUUAAAUAAUGAUU